AUGCGGCACACUCGCGGCUCAGGUCACGGUUCCCAACGGCUCGGGGUAGACCCGGAAGACUUUGUUGCCGAUCAUGACGUCCGCAGAAAACCAAUGGCACCUCCACCUGCGCCUGCACGUACCGCCACCGUCCACGCGCCGCCGGCUUCAAAAGCAACAACCAAACCCGAAAAGACCACCUCCAGGAGGCACCUUGUCAUGAGCAUCCCCGGCAAAGACGCGCCGGCCGACGAGGCAACCGAGUGGAUCAUCAAGGUCCUUCGGCGCCGGGCGGCGGGGCGCCACAGCUUCCGCGAGUUCUCCUUGUUUUCCGCCCGGUCGACCGAGGAGGAGAAAGGUGAUGAAAGCGGAUCGGGGCAGCCCGAGCAGUACGAGCACGACCUGUUCCUGCUGGGGAGCGACGUGUGGAGCCUGACCGAGGACGAGCUGUACCGGGCUCUGCCGCCGGCGCUGCCGAACCGGCUCGCCCGCCUCGUCGCCAAGGACGUGGUCACUUUGAGGAGGGAUUAUAUGCUCCAAAGACGGCUGCUUGUGGAUAUAGCCAUCUGGGUUACGGGAUUCUUCCUGGUGAUCAAGAUUCUCUCGUGGCUCGGUCAGUGUUUAGGCCCCUUGCUCUUUGGGUAG